CAUGGCUACGCCGGCACAAGUGCAAGGCAAGUGGAUUAAUUAGGAGGGAGAGGGAGAAAGCUAAAGCUGGAAAGCGUGCUUGCCGGCCAUUAUUGCGGUCGCUCUCGCCUUCUUUGCUAAUCUUCCAAAUCUUGAUCUUGCUUAUCAAAUUUGCUUACUGGGAUCGACGGUGUGAGUGGGCGGAUGGGGCUUUGAAAAAGCGAAGCAGACGCAACUCGUAAGGGAUGAGUGCGCAGUGCGCGUGGAGUUCCAGAGUGGAACUCGACUGAAUCGAGGUAGAUUCCGUGCAUCAGCGGGACAAAACGCCGAGAGAUUUAAAAAAAAAAGUCGGCACUUUUGCACUUGAUCCUUCGAAAAUACAGAAAGCUUGCUCCUUUACGGAUUUCGCCUACGAAAAGGUUCCGAGAUUGGCGAUGUUCUGUGAUCUAUGAUCGCUUUCAGUCUCUUUCCCGAAGGAAUUUGCUUCGACUUUGGUGAAUUUCCGUUGCAGAAAGUAGUUCUGUUGACACUGGGACUGAGGAGGUAGCUUUGGAACGAAAAUUUGGCAAUGUUCGGGCUGUCGGCAGAUUUCUUCUUUUUGGCAGAGGGAAAGUGGACUGUCAUGUGGCUAUAGAUGUUGGAAAAACUUUGGUGCCUUUCGCAAGGAAGUCGUAAAGCUGAGGCCAGUUUGGAGUGGACUGGGUUCAUUGGACCACUUGGACUUCUAGGGUUUUGGAUUGAAUUUGUGGAUACGGCCACCAGUUUCGUCCGAUGGAAUUGUGAUAGGAAGCUCUUUUCCAUUGUUAGGCGAGAGAAUUUUGGAUUGUAGUAUCCUAACCAAGGAGGAAGAGUUAUAUUGGUUUUUCUUAUACUUCUUAUUUCAGAAACUCAAGUUCCCGUAGUGGCUACAAAUCUGACUUGCUUGAUUAAAAGCUUUGCUUUUGGUGUUAUUUGGAAGCUACUCCUGGCUUAAUAAGUUCGUUGAUAAAGCAUUGCGUUUUCUGGUGUCAGGAAUAGAUAAGAUUUCAGAACCGCGGAGAAAGAAGAAGUGUGUGCAGUUGCGGUUUUUAUGGUUCCCUUUCUUCUUACUGCUAUAAAGCUUCCUUUCUCCACUCUUGCUACUAAGCUUUGUGACUACAAUGGUUAAAAUGCCAGGGAUAGUAAAUUCUGAGAGUGUCUCUGCUUUCUUGGUUCUGAAGUCUGUGUUUCUGUUGACAUCUCUAUUUAUGUAUAAUUCUGAAGGGGUAAACAUAGAAGGGCAAUACCUGUUGAAGCUUAAGAGCCAAAUGACAGAUGCUUUUCACAACCUAGAUAGUUGGAACUCGAAUGAUCUCACACCCUGUCAGUGGAAGGGUGUUAAUUGCAUUUCUGAUAAGGGUAUAGUAGUUGGUCUUCAUCUCGACUCCAUGAACCUGUCUGGAAGUAUUUCCCCAAUCAUCGGUGGAUUAGUUCACUUAACUGUUCUUGAUCUUUCCUUCAAUGAGUUCUCUGGAGCAAUUCCUAGGGAGAUUGGUAAUUGCUCUAAGUUAGAGGUAUUGUAUCUGAAUAACAAUAAACUUGAAGGCCAAAUCCCUUAUGAGUUGGGUAGUCUUUCCUCUUUACUAAGGUGCAACUUGUGUAAUAACAAACUAUCUGGUCAGCUCCCUGAAUCAGUUGGAGGUCUUUCAUCCCUUGUGGAACUUGUAGCCUACUCUAACAACAUCACAGGUCCUUUGCCACUCUCCAUUGGCAACCUCAAGAAUCUAACUGUUUUAAGAAUGGGACAAAAUCUGAUAACUGGUAGCAUUCCUGUGGAAAUCAGCGAAUGCCGGAACAUGAAACGUUUUGGUCUUGCCCAAAACCGACUAGAAGGUGAAAUUCCCAUAGAGAUCGGGAAGUUGGCAAGUUUGACCGAACUGGUUCUUUGGGACAACAAACUUUUUGGAAGUAUCCCUAAGGAGCUUGGAAACUGUAGUCAGCUCGUGACACUUGCACUUUACCAAAAUAAUCUUGUGGGUGGUAUACCUGAAGAGAUUGGAAACCUGAACAAUUUGGAGAAGCUAUAUCUAUACAGGAAUUCAUUGAAUGGAACUAUUCCAAAGACAAUUGGCAAUCUUUCUCACGCAACAGAAAUAGAUUUAUCUGAGAAUACAUUGACUGGAACAAUACCCUCUGAGUUAAGUAAUAUUAAAGGUUUAAACUUGCUUCACCUGUUUCAGAAUCAGCUUACUGGCUUUAUUCCACCUGAAUUGAGUGGAUUAAGGAACUUAAGCAAGCUUGAUCUGUCAAUCAACUCUCUGUAUGGGUCUAUUCCUUCUGAAUUUCAGUAUAUGCCAAGUAUAACUCAGUUACAGCUUUUCGACAAUAUGCUGUCAGGCAUCAUGCCUCAGAAACUUGGGGUGCACAGUCCACUUUGGGUGGUUGACUUUUCAGAUAAUAAUCUCAACGGGCAAAUUCCAAGGAAUCUUUGCAGACACUCAAACCUUAUUUUGUUGAAUUUAUGGUCUAACAAUUUGACUGGCAACAUCCCUGGUGAAGUUAUAAAUUGUAGAUCCUUGGUGCAGCUUCGUCUUGGUAAGAACAGCCUAACAGGAAGCUUUCCCUCAGAUUUAUGCAAGCUGGUUAAUCUUACUGCCAUUGAGUUAGAUGAGAACAGAUUCAACGGUUCCAUUCCACCAGAGAUAGGGCAAUGCAAAGCAUUGCAGAGGCUUAAUCUUCGUAGUAACUUUUUCACCCAUGAGUUGCCAUGGGAGCUUGGUAAUCUGUCACAGUUGGUUAUCCUUAAUAUCUCUUCCAAUAAAAUAGGUGGAAGAAUACCUCAAGAGAUUUUUAAAUGCAGGAUGCUUCAACGGCUUGAUCUCAGCAAGAAUGAGUUUAUUGGCACAUUGCCAUAUGAAAUGAACCUUGUCCAGUUGGAACGGUUUGUGAUUUCUGAUAACACAUUGUCUGGAACAAUACCUCCUAUCAUAGGAAAGCUCGCUCACCUGAUGGAGCUACAGAUGGGUGGUAAUGAAUUUUUUGGUUCAAUACCAAAGGAAUUGGGUGAACUUUCGAGUUUACAAAUUGCAAUGAAUCUUAGCUACAAUAAUCUUUCAGGAAAUAUCCCACAAGAGAUUGGCAAUCUUGCUCUGCUGGAGUUCCUUUUGCUGGACCAAAAUCAUUUGACUGGUGAAAUUCCGUCUUCUUUUGUCAAUCUGUCUAGCUUAAUGGGACUUAAUCUUUCAUAUAAUGAUCUCACAGGGCCUAUACCUUCUAUUCCACUGUUCAGCAACAUGGAUCUGAGUAGCUUCAUAGGAAAUAAAGGUCUUUGUGGUAAACCUCUUGGUGAUUGUAGUUUGUCUCCAUCAUUGUCUGCAUCAUCACCUAGAACAAAUAGCUCAUUGGGUAGGACCGUCGCUAUAAUUUCCACUGCUAUUGGAGGAAUUUCUCUUGUUCUUAUUGUGAUAAUGGUGUACAUUCUCAGAAGACCUAUUGAAACAAUUUCUCCUUUUCAAGACAAACAAUUACAUAAUACAACUUCAAGCACAUAUACAUUUCCAAAAGAAAAGAUUACCUUUCAAGAUCUUGUUGCCGCUACGAAUGAUUUUGAUGAGAAUUUUGUGAUUGGAAGGGGUGCUUGUGGAACAGUAUAUAGAGCGCUACUGAAAUCUGGGGAAACAGUUGCUGUGAAGAAAUUGGCAUCAAACCGAGAGGGUAACAAUACAGAGAAUAGUUUUCGUGCAGAGAUUUUGACUCUUGGAAAGAUAAGGCAUCGCAACAUCGUGAAGCUCUAUGGUUUUUUUUAUCACCAGGGUUCAAACCUUCUUCUGUAUGAGUACAUGGCAAGAGGCAGCCUAGGGGAGUUACUUCAUGGGGAGUCUUCUUCAUCUCUGGACUGGGAAACCCGUUACAUGAUUUCGCUUGGCGCUGCUGAGGGUCUCUCAUAUUUACAUCAUGAUUGCAAGCCCCACAUCAUUCACAGAGAUAUCAAGUCAACCAAUAUUCUGCUCGAUAAAAACUACGAAGCUCAUGUUGGAGAUUUUGGAUUGGCAAAGGUGAUUGACAUGCCACAGUCAAAAUCAAUGUCUGCAGUUGCUGGAUCAUAUGGGUAUAUAGCACCUGAAUAUGCAUAUACCAUGAAAGUUACGGAGAAGUGUGACAUCUACAGUUAUGGGGUUGUUCUGCUCGAGCUGCUGACCGGAAGAAUGCCUGUCCAACCAUUAGAGCAAGGAGGGGACCUUGUAACAUGGGUAAGGACGUACAUAAAGAACAACUCUAUCUCUCCUGGAAUACUUGACAAUAAACUCAAUCUGGAAGAUGGAUGUACUGUGGAUCACAUGAUCAUGGUCUUGAAAAUUGCUUUGCUUUGUACAAGCAUGUCACCGUCGGAUAGACCAGCCAUGAAGGAAGUUGUAUUAAUGUUGGUCGAGUCGAAAGAGAGGGCUGCCAGCUUUGGUUCAUCACAUGUUUCUGAUCUCUCUUUCAAAGAGGAUGACUUGUAGCGAAUCUCUCUCGCACAUUCAUAACAAUUAUGUCUUUUUUUUUUCUUUUUGGUUCAGGAUAGAGAUGUAUCUUCUUUCUCUUUUUUAAAUGUUACUUUUCCUAAAUAGAUCUCUUUCAGGAUUUAUAUUGUUAUAUUUUACAGAGUCUAGAAAUGCAAAAUAAUGUAUUGGUUCAUAUGGAACACGCUUCUCGUGGUAUUU